UCCAUACUGGACUACUGGAAUGUCUGCAGUUUUUCUGGAAUUUCCUGUGCCUGCAUGGGUGUUUUUUUACCACAUUGAGAUCAUUUCUUAUAUAUUCGGCAAUUCUUUUUUCCUACCACGGCAUAUUGAAUACCGAGAGGCUGUCUCUCGUUACCCUAUUCAAUUGCUAAACUGCCAAGAAGGGGGCGCAAAACGGGAGUGCGUGUCGUUCAGCUUUGCUGCGCUAAUCCGAAAAGUUCGCACGUUGCCUCCUGGCGGGGACCAAGUCUUCGGGAGGCGACCCUGGAAAUUCAUUUUAUGACCAUUUUUUUGUAAUUAUGAAUUGUGAGGCCUGUGCGGAUCAAUUUUGGUCAUGUCCCUUGAAUCCUUGACCGAAUACAUGACGCAUGGCUGUCAUUCCCCAGUCGUCUCGCCUUUCAUGACGGAAACUUUAAAGCUUCUAUUCUUUUCCUCCUUCUUCCCCCCACCUGCCAGGUCCAUGGUGGAUUGGGAACAGAAUUUUUCUCUAUAUCUUCAGAUCCCGACCCAGAUCCAGAUCACUAGAUUCCACUUUCUAAAUCUAGACCCAGUGGAUGGGUAAAGUGGGCACGUCAGAACUGGAGCAUUACGAACAGCCACCGGUCCACCCGGCCCAUUGCCGUCGCUUAUUGAACCUCAAGUGUUGUUGUUGAUCGUGAACUCUCUCGUCUGUGCAUCUCAACUCUAAAGGCGUCGUUCACAAAAAAUUUGCAUCCAAGCAAAUACAGCCUUUGCAGACAACAUAGGCCGUCUAAGCCCCGUCAUGACUGCUUCAUCCCGGUCCUCGGGGAAACGUCUCCCCAUCAGCUGUCAAGCAUGUCGCACACGAAAGAUCCGCUGCUCAAGAGAUGGCCGACCCUGCCAGACUUGUGUGCGCCGUGGUCUCGGUGCCGAGGACUGCAUCUACCUCGGCCAACCUCGACUCGCUUCAGAUCAAUCCUCCACAGCGGACCCAACGGUCCAAAAAGAAUUACUCGCACGCAUCCGCAAUCUCGAGGGCCUGCUACAAAAACAGGUCCACUCACAGGCGGGGACCCCCGCCGGUGCGACAUCGCCGUUGGGUGCCUCCAGUGCCACGGGGAGCUUCUCUGAAUCCGAGCUAGGCGCUUCCCUGGAGGCGUGGGGGAGUCCGUUGCUGGGCAAUGUUGGUACCCUUCACACGUCGCCCUCGGGUCAUGUGCGGUACGUCCCCCUUGCCUCGCAGUGGGAGUCGGUCGUUGCGAAGAGUCCCGCUGCGGAGUGUUUGCGGAGCUCGGAUGCGGACAUCGCGGACGAUGAUGAUCUGCAGAUUCCACUUGCGCGUAAUGGGAGUAUCUCUAGGGCCGAGCUGCUGGCCCUGCUCCCGCCGGGACGAUAUUGUGAUACCCUUAAAGAAGUUUAUUUUCGAGUGUUCUCACCCGUCUUCCACAUUCUCCAUGACUUGACAUUCGAAGCCGAAUAUCAACAGUUCUGUCAUGACCCCGGCAGUGUAUCAACGGCCUGGCUGGCCCUGCUCUUCGCUAUCCUGGCGAUCGCAGUUAGUGCUUUGAACGACGACGACCCCCUUCUCGCUGACCUCGGGCGGGAAAGGACAGUGAGCCGUAAUAUCAAAGUGCUUUCAGCGCGAUAUCGAUCUGCAGCACUCCGCUGCUUGGCCGCAGACAGUGUCAUGACUCGGCACUCCAUCAACUCGCUCCAAGCUCUCGUCCUCAUCAGCUAUGCCCGACUACACCGUGGUCUUCCAUUCUGGACCCUUCUCGGUUUCACCAACCACGUUGCUAUCUCAAUGGGCUGCCACAUUGAUCCCGAACGGUUCAGUUUAGGUCCCAUCGAGCGCGAAGAGCGCCGCCGUGUCUGGGCCGGUCUGAUGAUGCUCUACACUAUUCAAAAUACCUCCUUUGGUAGUCUAGAUCAAACACAACUCUCACAGGACGUGAAGCCACCCGCAGACGUUGACGAUGUUGACCUUUUGACUGCUCCAUCAAUUUCUCUUACCUCAGAUCCAUCCUCCCCGAUCGUCACUCGCCCUACGCAAAUGACCUUCCUCCUUCUCACAUCCCGUCUCUACAAGGUCUCCAAUCGCAUCUGCGAAUCCAUCUUCACAUACCCGCAAUCCCGCUUCUCAACUUCUCAACUCGAAUCGGAAGUCCUAGCUAUCCGUGAGCUCUGUGACGCGAGGUAUAAUCUCGACACGGCGCGCGACCCACUCCCUGUUCACCAUCAGGCAAACCUGAACAUUCUCUACGCUCAUAUCCACCAAUCGCUCCUGCUCCUACUACGACCCAGUCUCUGCCAGUUCCUGCAAGGCGAGAUCACAUCCGAGACGUGCGAGGCUCGUGGGAAAUGCAUGGCAUCCGCCAAGGCCUCGCUAUCCAUCUUCCAGUCCCUCCUCGAGAACCCACAAUUUGCGCCUUAUAAGUGGUAUACCAGCGGGCUGGGUAGCUUUCAUGCCUUCCAUGCGGCGGUGGUACUGGCCGUUGGCUUGAUGAACCCGGCGAACCAGGCUGAAUUCGACGAGACAAAGGAGAUACUCAGCAAAGCCCUGGAUAUGUUUGCCUCGUUAUCCGUGCGAAGUAUUUUCUGCAGUAAAGCCAUGCCCAUUGUCCGGCAGAUUAUCGACGUAACCUCAACCCAAUACCAACAAACUCAACAACACAAGACCCCGCUGCAAUCCCAACUGCAACUCCAGGCCCAAAUAAACGCCCAAAAUAUUACCCAACAACAACCAUCCAUGCUUACCUCCAUGGCACCGACCCUCUCCUCGGGUACCAUGCCAGACACGUUCAUGCUCGGACACUCGCAUACCCACUCACAGGCGAACUCGCCCGUGCCCACGAUUGCGUCUUCAUCCAGUGAUCCAAGUAUGCAAUCUAGUUUUGGAUUGCAUUUGCAUCCGCAGAAUUGGAUGGGGCCGACAUCUGUGCCGUGGGAUACACUUGGUGCGUCAAUGGGGCAGUUCAAAUUCGAGUCGGAUGUUGUGUAGGGCUGUUUUCGGAGAUUUUGUUUUCCUUGCUCUACUAUUCACUUCUACCUCGUCCGACUUUUGAUUGGUGACUCAUUUGGACUCGGCGGCAUGGGGGGUUGCUUUUGGUUCUGGGGACACCCACAAGCUUUUGGGACUUGGGCGGGCUUUUCUGGAUUGGAGUGGAUGGGCGGUUGGCUUUUUCGUUUCGGGUUGGAAUUUCUUUUUAUUUCUGCUCAAUUGGGCUUUUUACGAGAUCAUGACCUGGGGAAUGGGGGUUUAUUGCAAU